GCUGCUUCCGCUUCGUUUGACGUUCGGCCGCUUAUGUUCUUUUUUUCAUGGGUAUAGCCUCUGGCAGAGAUGAUGAGCUGUCUAUCCAGCCGUACUUUUGGGCCACUUUAUUUCGAUUUUACUCCGGAUUUAUCAGUUAGAAGCCAAUCACUAUCAAACUUGCCCCAUGUUCAAUGGCGUGAAGACGGAGUCCGGCCCAGCGCCGAUAUAUCUUCCUCGCCCGAGUUAAGCUAAGCGUUCGUCUCCGACACUUUGUGGGACCUGCUGUCAGCCUUUCCUCUGAUUUGCUGAACAUCCACCGUGCGAGCAUCGAAGAACGCAGUGACAGAAAGAUGAAUGUCCCCAAAGCUAUGGAUCAGGCUGCUGGAUACCUCGCCCAACAUGUAGCAUACCCACCGAUGUCAUCAAAGGCGGAAAAGAAGCUGGUACGCAAGAUUGAUUGCAUUCUAAUUCCUAUGUUGCUCCUGACAGCGACCUUAGGUGCUGUGGAUAAGGUUGCUCUUAGUACGGCUGCAAUUUAUGGAUUGGAAGAAGAUCUUCACCUUGUCGGCCAGCAAUAUUCCUGGGCUGGAUCGAUUUUGUCGAUCGGUUCAAUUGUCGGCAUGUCGCCGUCCUCAUACCUAGUACAGCGACUUCCAUCGGCAAAAUAUCUGUCGUCAUGCUCCCUGGGUUGGUCGUGCAUGGCUUUGCUGAUACCUGCAUGCAAGAACUGGGGCGGUCUGAUGGCGUUGAGGUUUUGUAUGGGCUGUCUUGAGGCGAUCAUUGUCCCAUCAAUUAGCUUGAUAAUCGCAGGGUUCUAUAAGAAAGCAGAACAACCCCCACGGAAUGCAAUCGUUUUCGCUGCUUUUAGCUCUGUGAUUAACGGCUUUCUCUCCUGGGUGGUGGGACACAUUCCUAAAUCUGCGCCACUGGCCACCUGGCAGUAUCUCUACUUGAUUGUCGGAUCCAUCUCCGCUUUGUGGUGUAUCACAGCCUUUAUUAUCCUACCGGAUUCUCCUAUGAACGCAUUUUUUCUGACUGAUCAGGAGAAGUACUAUGCAAUUCAACGCCUCGCUGAGAAUAAAACGGGUAUCAUUAGUAAGGAAUGGAAAUGGCAUCAAGCCCUCGAAGCUGCCAUGGACCCUAAGACUUGGUUACUUUUCUUCUUCAAUAUUGCCAUCAACAUUCCAAAUGGAGGCCUCACUACGUUCAACGGUAUCAUAAUCAAGGAUCUCGGUUUUUCAGCAGUCCAGACAUCCCUCCUUAAUAUGCCCACUGGGAUAAUGUCAACCUUGUCCGCGUUUCUUUUUUCCUGGCUGGCCGCAUGCUGGGUAGAUCGUCGAUGUCUUGUUACUAUGAUUGCAGCUUGCCUGCCUAUUGUUGGAUCGGUGUUGGUGCACUCCCUUCCACCAACGAAUAUUGGGGGGCAGGUUGUUGGUAUAUAUUUGUUGUACACCUACUUUGGUCCAUACGUCGUUGGUAUCUCGAUAGCGCAGGCGAAUACCGCAGGACACACAAAGAAGACUGUCCAGUAUUCGAUCUUGUAUCUUGGAUACGCUAUUGGAAACCUGAUUGGCCCUCAAACAUUUCGCGCUAGUCAGGCACCUGCCUACACGGGCGGGUUUGUCGCCAUGUUGGUCAGCUAUUGUGUCUGCGUUGCGUUGAUGGCUUCGUACUGGGCUCUGGUGGUGCAUCUCAACCGGCGACUCGUCGGCAUCGAUCCGCAGGCGGGGGAGGCUAAUGGGACGGCGGAUGCUUUUACCGAUGAGACUGACUUCCAGCAAACACACUUUAGAUACAUCACAUGAGCUUUGG